AUGAGUUCGGACGAUUUAAAAUUUUAUAUAAAUAAGCAUAAAAAGGCAUAUGAGGAAAGAGUCAAAAAAGAAGAAGAAGAAAGGAAGAAAAAAGAAAAUGAGGAAAAAAUAAAUGAAAAAAAUAUUAAUGAAAAUAAAGAAAAUAAGGGAGAAGUUUCCUUGACGAAAGAGGAGCAAGAAAUGCAAAAUGAAAAUCAUACUGAUGUGAAUCAAGUGGAUGAGGACUACUUAUAUGCUCUGAAAUUAAAUGAGGCCUUAAAUGGUUCCGGGGCAAAUGACAUAAACUCCAAUUCAAAUAUUUUAAAUAAUAAUGAUUUUACAAGGGUUAAUGAAAUUAUGCAUGACGAAGGAAUAAUGGAAAAUGAAGAAGAUGAAGUAAGAAAACCAGAUAAUACUUACGUCGAAUGUCUUUUGGAUGAUAGUAAUUUGUUACCCUUUUCUCGGAAUAUGAAUAUUUUUCCUAUGAACAGAAGAAGAAAUCAUAUAAAUCGAAUAAAUAAUAUGAAUAGAAUAAAUAAUGUGAAUAGAAUAAAUAAUGUGAAUAGCAUAAAUAAUAUGAAUAGCAUAAAUAAUAUGAAUAGCAUAAAUAAUAUGAAUAGCAUAAAUAAUAUGAAUAGCAUAAAUAAUAUGAAUAGCAUAAAUAAUAUAAAUCAUAUGAGCAAUAUGAACAAUAUGAACAGUAUAAAUAGUUUGAACAGUAUGAACAAUAUGAACAGUAUAAAUAGUUUGAACAGUAUGAACAAUAUAAAUUUUGUAAACAGUGUAAAUGUUCAUUAUGUUGAUGAACAGAAUAACAUUGUUGUAAAUUCAAUAAAUAAAGAGGAGGAUUAUAAUAAUAAUGUAAAUAUAUAUACCGAAUCAUAUGCAGAUAAUAAUAAAAUAUCUUAUACUAUUGACGAUAAAGAAACGAGCAACUUACAUAUGGAACAUAAUAAUAAACAUGUACAUAACAUACAUAAUUAUAAUAUAAAUUCUAAUAAAAAUAAAAUCAGAAACCUCACAGGAGGUCAUAAGAAUAAUGAAAAUAUUAUAACUAUAGAAGAUAACAAUGAUAAGGUAAAUUAUGAUCAUAUGACAGGAGAACAUUUAAAUGAUGUUAUGCAUAGUGGUAAGUUUGUUGAUUCUCCAUGUAAUAAUAAGAUAUACCGUAAAAACAAGAUUGGUGAUAAUAAUAUGUCGAUAAAACAAAAUGGGAACUAUAAAAAAGAAAAUAAUAUGAACUCAAUAAAUGAUAAUACAAAUAAGGAAGUCAUAAAUAAGUUUGAUAAAAAUUAUUUAGAUAAAAAUUAUUUAGAUAAAAAUUACUUCGAUAUUGAUGAUUAUAGUAAUUUAAAUAAUGUGUAUAAAAAGAAACCCAAGAGUGUUAAGAAAAAUGUAGAUUUAGAAAAAUCACCCUAUGACGUAAAUAAUAUAAAAAGAAAAAAUAAAACACAAAAUACCGAUAAAAAUAUAGAUGACCCCAAAAAGGAUAUAUUUAAUAAAAGUAAUGAAGUGGAUUAUGUUUUGAAUGAAUUUACAUGUAGUACAAAUAAUGACAUUCGCGAGAAAAAAAAAAAAAAUGAAUAUAUAUUAAUAGAUGAUAAUAAUAAUAAUAAUAAUGAUAAUAUUUAUGAUGACAAUAUUUAUGAUGACAAUAUUUAUGAUGACAAUAUUUAUGGUGACAAUAUUUAUGGUGACAAUAUUUAUGGUGACAAUAUUUAUGGUGACAAUAUUUAUGGUGACAAUAUUUAUGGUGACAAUAUUUAUGGUGACAAUAUUUAUGGUGACAAUAUUUAUGGUGACAAUAUAUAUGAUGAUAAUAUUUAUGAUGACAAUAUAUAUGAUGACAAUAUAUAUGAUGAUAAUUCCUUGUCGAGGAAGACAAAGAAAAAGAAAAGCAGCAAAAAUAAAUCAGUAGAUAGUAACAUGUGUGUAGAUACAAAUAGUAAGGAUAAUCUAUUGAAUACACCUGGGAUAAGAACUUCAGAGAAGGAUAUUAUUACAAAUAAUAACAUGUGCUCAAAGAGCUCCUCAGGUGAUUCAUAUCCUUAUGGAGAUAUUUCCCCCGUACCGGUUCAUAAGAAUGAGAAGAAGAAAAAAAAAAAAACGAACAAACAAAAUGGUGGUAAUGAUAAGAAUGAAGAAAUGGAUAUGUAUAUGAUUAAUAGAAAGGAAGAGAAUCCUUACAAAAAUAUUAUAUAUAAUAAUAAUAAUAAUAAUAUAAUGAAUGGUGUAGAAAAUUAUAAUUACUCUCCAAAUAAAAAUAUUCAAGAAGGAAAUGCUUCUUCGAAAUUUCUUUUGUAUAAUUCAAAAGGUGACAACCACUUAAAUUAUAAUAAUAAUAUAAAUACAUGUGAACAUAAUUUUACGACUCAUAAUAAAUUUUUAUCGCAUACAAAUAAUAUUAUAAAAUCACAAAUCCAUAACAACAACAAUAAUAAUAAUAAUAAUAAUAACAAUAAUAAUAAUAAGAGUAGUCAUUUUCAUUAUUCAAGCGAGAGCUUUUUUAAAAACAUGAAAAGCCAACCAAGUAAUAAAUCAAAUAGAAACAUUGUGACGAAUGUACAUAAUGAAAAUAAUAACAUUAUAUGUUACCCAAAUAUUGAACAUACGACACGUCAAAUAUGUAAAAAUAAUAUUAUUUCAAAUAAUAAUUCUUAUUAUGAAACAUAUGGUAACAAAGGAAGUAUAAAUAAUGAUAUUAACAGCUUUGAAAGAAGGAACAGUUUUUAUAUGAAUAAAGUUGAUCAGAAUGGUGUUACGGGAAAAUGUUCGGUGACUUAUGGGCAUAAGGAAAAUAAAGACCCAAGCACAAAUGGUAUAAAUAGUAUAAAUAGAAUAAAUAGUGUGAAUAGUAUAAAUAGUGUGAAUAGUAUAAACAAUGUGAGUAGUAUAAACAAUGUGAGUAGUAUAAACAAUGUGAGUAGUAUAAACAAUGUGAGUAGUAUAAAUAGUGUGAGUAGUAUAAGUAGUAUGCAUAAUAUAAAUACUAUACAUAAUAACAACAUAAUUUAUAAUAAUAAUAAUAAUAAUAUUCAUUAUAAUCAUCACAUUCAUAAGAAUGAUGAUAGAAGCAACGUUAAUCCUUUUCGAAAUAAUGUUUCAGAACGAAACGAUACAAACAAUACAUCUCUCCAGAACACCAUAAACGUAAAAAAAAUUAUAAAAGAUUAUUAUACCAUGAAUAAUAGAAAUUAUGAUCAGGUAAAUAUAUUUGGAAGUGUGUCUAAUAGGAACCUAAAUAAUAACAACCAUUAUAUGGCGGACACCUUUGAUUAUGAUAGAAGAAAAAAUAAAAAUGAUUCAAAGGAUGACGAGAAGAAUAUGUUAAAUAAUAACAACAAUAAUAAUAAUAACAAUAAUAACAAUAAUAAUAAUAAUUAUUAUUAUUAUAACAAUUUUGGUAAAAUCCAUAAUGUGGAUAAUACAAAUAAACAAGACUUCAUAAAUAAUAAUCAACAUAUGUACUAUUCUGUGAAAAGUAUCUCAUCAGGUGACUUGUUAAACAAAACGCCCACACAAACCGAAAUAGGACAAGAGAAUUAUAAAAAAGAAGGGAAUUAUUUUGACAAACCUUUAGAUAAUAUGAACUCAAACGAACUUGAAAGAAAAGAUAAUGAUAGGGUUAUACAUUAUGAUAAUAAUGGAAAUGAAGAAGAAGGAUUAAUAUCUUCAUCUUCUCCUUAUAGUUACGAUAAUACAAAUGAAGAUGAUAUAAAUGUUCAACUAGCUAUUAUCAAUAGUUUGAUUGAUAUGUAA